AUGGACGAGCCAGUUCCCAACUACGCCUCCGCGGAGCCCGAAGCGGGAAUCCUCGACAGCUGGGAGCCGCGAUUCUGCCAUUUUGACAAUCCGAAAGAGGGCCUGUGGCUGGGACAACACAAUGUCGACGACACCAGCACCAGGACCAAGAUCACACAUAUAGACUUUCUUGGCCUUGGCGUUAUUGGAAGUGUUUGCUCUGUGGCAUACGGAACAUGGAGAGACAGUCCUAGCCGCCCGACUACUCCUGCUGCGCUCUUAGUCAUGCAGUUUGACUUUAAAGCAGGCUCUGGACCACUUCGGUACAAGAGCGCGGAAAUAUCUAUCUCAUUCAAAGGACAAAAGCCCGGCGCCAGUCAUCCUGUUAUUCACCAGCUCUUUCCGACAAGUACCAAGUCCCGGAGCUCACAGCCUGCAUCGCGAAAGUCAGCGUCGAUUCUACCAUCAGACCCUUUUAUCUGGCCGCCAGACGAGUUCGUUAUCCGGGGCAAGACCUGGUUGUCUAAAGGCGCCCAAGAACCAGACGAGGUAAUCUGGAACAUAAAUGAGACCCACGGAAUGACACAUCAGGGGCCAUUCCAGGCCACGGUGGAGGUCGAAGCUACUACUGCAUUUAACCUUAUCAAGAUCAGCAACACUCCAUGGUCUCGGGAUGAUCCCCUGUUAUUCGACUGCGUCACUCACAAGGGCAGGCCGCUUCCGGGGAUGGAGCUAAACGGACUCGAUUCCCAAACCUUGGCGGACUACAUUGCCCUAGCUAACCCAUCAUCAUCCGCGCUUUCGGCCGUAGUCUCAAGUCUCAUGACAGCACCUUCGCCGACACCUAAGCGCGAAUCUGCUUCCACAUCCUCAGGGGCUGUGUAUAGAGUGCAGGGGAUUCCAGCAUCCUGUUUUAGAGGCCAAUUCAUCGGAAGUCUCGCAACAGCUCUCGAUCUUGCGACAUCUUCGAUUCGGGUACAUUCAUUCAUGCCGAAUCCAUAUGGCAGCAGGGAGGAGAUGAUGUCCGUUUUAUCAUUCCAUACAACUCCUGACUUCCUGCAGACGAAGUCCUCAAAGAAAGAAUGGUAUCUGAAUAUCACAUUGCCGCCACAAGGAAACGAAUCCGAUUUAAACGCAAACACAAAUACUAAACUCCUGUUGGACACGCACUUCCUUGGGUUUUCCGUUGUGGGAACGAUCUCUGCAAAUCCUACUGAGAUUGAAGUUGAUAUCGUUGCAGUUCACGGGCUUGGAGGACACGCAUUUGGGUCCUUUAAAGAACGUGGCGGUAGUUACAUGUGGCUUGAGGAUUCGUUACCAGCACAUCUCAGGGCUGCAUUGGCCGGGUGCACUGCAAGGAUUCUUUUGUACGGCUAUGACGCUCGUGUUGAAAACAGCCCCUCCUUCCAGAGCGUUCAUGACCUCGCGGAGAGGCUAAGAGGCUCACUAAGAGCAAUCAGACCAGAGCUUCUGGUAAUACAGAACGAGCCCGGAGGUGACGGAACGGACAUGUUCAAUCUUAGAACUACCGGAGGCGCUCUGUUCUUCGGCGUUCCUCAUCGCGGAAUGGAUAAUUCUGCCUUGCUGUCUGUCAUUGGAUCGCAGGCCAACCGCGAGUUUCUUGAAUCGCUGCGAAUCGGUUCACCUGAACUCGAAAAGCAGUCGCAGAUGUUUUCUUCUGUAUCAGCCCUAGAUGGGUCUGUUAUCUUUUCGUUCUUCGAAACGUGUAUCUCAGGAACAGCGAAAAUGGAAAAUGGAAAAUUAACAAUGAAUGGCGAUCCUGCUAUUCUCGUCACUGGAUGA